AUGGAUUGUGUGCUUGGGAAGAAAGGGGAACCAUCUCGAGGGCAUUCUCUGGUGCUGAGCUGUGGUCCCGACCCUCGUCCUGGCCAAGUGACAUUAGAGCCAAACCAAACCCUGGAACUGGGCUGUAGUCCUGCUUCUGUGGAGCAGUUCCACAACGUUACCUGGAAGAAGAAUGGUUUUCCACUAGCAGAAGAAGGCCACCUCCAUGUCCUCCCCAAUGGAUCUUUGUUCAUAUCAAGAACCCAGCAGGCUUUGGAAGAGGGUGGUUAUCCAGGAGAGUCCAAUCUGGAGGGAAAUUACUCCUGUGUCUUUCAUGGUCCCUUUGGCUCAGUUGCUGGUCACACUGUUGUGGUUCGUGUGACAAGUUUGUCUCAAUUUUUGCAACACCCCAAGUCCCAGACUGUGGAGGAAAAUGGCAUGGCCCGCUUUGAGUGUCAGAUUGAGGGGUUGCCCCCUCCCACCAUCUCCUGGGAGAAGGAUGGUGUAGCCUUACCUUCAGAACCCAGGUUUAUUGUUCUCCCAAAUGGUGCCCUCCAAAUCAUAGAUGUGAAGGAAAGCGAUGCUGGGGUGUACCGUUGUGUGGCAGCCAACACGGCCGGGAAACGCUACAGCUCUGGUGCCAUUCUCAGCCUUUGGAAAGGUCCCAUGCUGCCCACAACCACAGGAGAGGUGGCCAUUGUUGCUGCGCCAGAGAACGCUACGGUGGUGGUUGGAGAGAGUGCUGUGAUGGAGUGCAUGGCAUCUGCCAGUCCUGCACCAUUUGUCUCGUGGAUACGGGAGGAUGGGAAUCCGAUCUCUACAGAUGUGAUUGUAGUGGGACGAACCAACCUCUUAAUCCCUUACGCCCAGCUUCAUCAUUCGGGAGUCUAUGUUUGCCGGGCGAAUAAGCCCCAAACCAGAGAGUUUGUGACUGCUGCAGCUGAGCUCCGAGUUCUUGCCCCUCCUACUAUCUCCCAGCUUCCUGAAACCAUUUCUCGGACCCGAGCCAGCACAGCUAGAUUUGUGUGCAAAGCAGAAGGGGAGCCGUCUCCUAACAUCCACUGGAUGAAGAACGGGAAGCCUCUUUUAUCCAAAGGACGUGUGAAGAUGCAGAGCAGUGGGACCCUGGUCAUCAACCAGAUUGGGCUGGACGAUGCUGGCUAUUACCAAUGUGUGGCAGAGAAUCCUUUGGGCAUGGCAUGUGCGGCGGCCAGACUGGAAGUGAUCGUGCGGGAAGGACUGCCCAGCGCUCCUAAGAGGGUGUCGGCUAGUUCUCUCUCCAGCACAACUGUCUUGGUAUCCUGGGAACGUCCAGAGUUCAACAGUGAGCAGAUUAUUGGGUUCUCGCUGCAUUACCAGAAAGCUUUAGGCACCGACCAUGUGGAGUACCAGUUCGCGGUGAAUAACGACACGACCGAAUUUCAGGUCAAAGACCUGGAGCCCAGCACGAACUACAUUUUCUACGUGGUGGCGUACUCUCAGCUUGGAGCCAGCGGGACAUCCUCUUCCAUAAACAUACAGACCCUGGAGGAUGUUCCCAGUGCAGCUCCUCAACUCACCCUUUCAAGUAUGACGCCAACUGACAUCAAGGUGACAUGGCUGCCUCUUCCUCCAGAACUAAGCAAUGGGAAGAUCACCAAGUACAGAAUUGACUAUGCACUUCUUAAAGAAGAUCUGAUUUCCUCCACCGAGGUUGGUGCGAACGAGACACUGCUCACCCUUUAUGCCCUGCACCCUAAUAAGGUCUACAAAGUUCGGAUUGCAGCAAGCACUAGUGUGGGCUAUGGCGCACCUUCAGAAUGGACGCAACAUCGCACUCCAGACAGAGACAAUCAGACCCACAUUCCCUUUGCCCCAGCUGAGUUAAAAGUCAGAGCAAAAAUGGAGUCGCUUUUAGUAAGUUGGCAACCUCCAGCCAAUCACGCCCAGGUUUCAGGCUACAAACUCUAUUACCGAGAAGUGGCUGCAGAGGAUUCGAGUGAGGAGAACCCCUCUGAAGGGACCGGGGAUGGCCAGUGGGAAUUUGGGCCAAUAAAGCUGAAGAAGAAAGUCAAGCAAUACGAACUGACAAACUUGGUUCCUGGAAGGCUAUAUGAGGUGAAGGUAGUGGCGUUUAAUAAGCAUGAAGACGGCUAUGCAGCAGUCUGGAAAGGCAAGACGGAGAGGGCACCCGUUACGCCAGCAGAGCCCCCCGUUCAGAAGGGGCCUCCACUGCCCCCAGAUCACAUCUACGUAGAAUCCAACAGUUCCACCUCAAUCUGGCUGCGAUGGAAGAAGCCUGACUUUAGUACCGUGAAGAUCGUCAAUUACACCGUGCGAUUCAGUCCCUGGGGACUGAAAAAUGCCUCGCUCGUGACUUACUACACAAGCUCUGAUGAAGAUAUCCUCAUCAGCGGGCUGAAGCCAUUCACCAGAUACGAGUUUGCCGUGCAGUCAAAUGGUAUUGGCAUCGAUGGGCCGUUUGGGAAUGUGGUCGAGUGGUUCACCCUUCCAGACAGGCCAUCAACUCCUCCUUCCGAUUUACGGUUGCAUCCCGUCAACCCCUACACCGUCCAGGUUCACUGGUGCCCUCCUUCUGAACCAAAUGGCAUCAUUGUAGAAUACAUCAUCCUCUAUAAUGCCAACAACACGCAGCCUGAUGAGAUGUGGACUCUUGUGACGAAAGAGGGCAACACAUUCAGCACGGAGGUUCAUGGGCUGGAAAGCGACACCAGGUAUUUCUUCAAGAUGGGAGCCAAGACGAUAGCUGGGUCGGGACCCUAUUCCAACGUGAAGGACGUACAAACUUUGCGGGAGAAGUUCUCAGAUCUGUUGGAUGUCCACUCAGUCACGGGAAUCAUCAUAGGGGUCUGCUUAGGCUUGAUCUGUGUCCUCUUCUGCAUGUGUGCCAGCUUUCGAAACAACAAACCAAGAGAAUCUGUGCCAGGUUUGGAUUCCCAAACUCCCGGGACCCAAAUAUACUAUCACCGGAGCCGCCAGACAUCAGCACUUUCUGUGACCCCUCUGAACACUCAUGAACUGGAGUCCCUCAUGACUCCACUCUCUGAUGAAGCUCCAUCACCCCCGACAGACAUCCUAGAGCUGACAGAAGUGCAGGGCCUCAUCCACAGUCAUCGUCUUGUUGACAGCAUGGGCCACAUCCAAAGGAAGACUCCUUGGGAGAAAUCAUCAAACAGCUGGACAAACACCAUCGCUGGCUCUGGAGACAUGGUUCCAAAAGAGUCCACCAUGGCUUUGAAUGGGUCGUUGAAAACGGCACCUAAUGGAGGACAAAAGCUUUUGUUGCAAGCCCUGGUUUACGACGUUGUUGCAAAUGAAGCGAAAAAGGAACACGCACCAAACAGUCUCAACCAGAUGGAAGCAGAGGUUAUUGUCCAUUCUGAUUUCUCAGCCUCCCACUGGGAUUGUGGCUCCCAGCUUCACAUGCUGGGCAUGGAGGAAGGGACCCUUGAUGAGGAACAUGACCCAGAACGCCACCGUCCGGAGAGCCAACCUCCCAGUGAUUUGAAGCAGAAUUUUCAGCCAGCGUCCCUGGACGAAGAAGACAAGAUGGAAUCUGAAUUCCCUGAAACCUUGCUAAGUCCUGAUAGGCAGGCAGACAAGUCGGGUGCUGGAUUUCCUGCCGCUGCCUUGGCCAGGGUGGAGAGAAGCCUGAACUCAGUGCAGAGGGAGGAUCCUGACUCCUGCCCAGAAGGUGGAGAGAAUGCACAGCCCAUCCGGCAGGACACGUUCCCUGCAGGACAGCCUGGGGUUCUCCUGCGUAGCGGCCUCUCUGGUAUAAUCAGCUCGCCUUCCCUGUUUGAGAACGUGGCCUGUGUUCACCCACUUUGAAGGAAGCCCUGACUAAAUUCUUGCCAGCAGCAAAGCUAGAAAUAAUGUUAACAUCCAUUACGUAAGGCUUAGCCCUUGAGGUUACUAAACAGUCUCGCCACUCGUGGUGUGGAGGCGAAGGGAGUACAGAAGGGCCUCUCUAAACCCUUUCUUAACAACAGUUUCUCACCUUCUUGAGUAUUUGGCCUUUGUUCUGGGACUCCAGAGCCUGCUCUCCCCCCCUCCCCCCGCUUUGUGAGACAUUUCUCUUCCCGUAUCUCCUACCAUAUUCAUGCGGCAAGGCACCGAGGGAGGCUGCAGGGAACUGAGCAGACCUCGGGCCACAAAGGGCCCUGUGCAGGAAUUACAGAAACAAGGAGUGAGGGGGGUAGCAAUGAAGGGGUGGUGGGUCUCCUUUGAGCCUAGCGGCAGCUUCCCUCCACCUCGCCUGACCCUAGGCUACCACUGUGUGGCCGCUGCCAUGCCACCAGCUACUACCUUGCUUGGCUCCUGGAACUUGCAUCGGUAUACCUCACGCUGUUUGUGCAAGGGUCUCUUCUCCUUACCUGCAUGGCGCAAGGGGAAGAGGUCCGUGGCGCCCUGCUUUGGCAUGGUCCUUGGUUCCCUUGGCAUAGCACCAGGCCUCUGCACUGUCAGGAAGAGCAAGCAGGCAAAUGUGGACAAGACACAGAUGGAGAAACUGCCCUGGAAAGCCUGUGUGCAAUCGCCGGGCACUGUGGGGUGGGUACUUUGCUAGGAAAGAGUCAAAACCAAUGGUGGCCUUUCAUGGGGCCUGACACCUCCUUCCCCAGGUCAGGGUGGAGGCGUUCCUUUGUAGAUUGUGGAUCCCUUAAUCGGGAUGGGGGAGGAAGACAGUGAGGAGACAAUGUUAGGUGCCCACCCACCCACCACCACCUACUUCAGAUGCCAGCCCUGGUAAUUAUAGAAGCAGUAUGAGAUAAAGGGGAUCCUUUUCAAAUUCACCUGUGUGGGAAGUUUUUCAUACGUCUUGACGACUUCUUGGAAAGAGAGCAAAGGAAAGAGAGCGGGGGGGGCAACCAAUAGGACGAGAUGGUUGGACAGUGUCAUCGAAGUGACCAACAUGAAUUUGACCCAACUCCGGG